GCUCUGACCGUGCCUCUGUCCCACAGGGGCCAGGUGGCCUUCAUCACCGGCGGCGGCUCUGGCAUCGGCUUCCGCAUCGCCGAGAUCUUCAUGAGGCACGGCUGCCGGACCGUCAUUGCCAGCAGGAACCUGCAGAGAGUGUCUGAGGCUUCGAAAAAGCUGGUGGCAGCCACAGGGCAGCAGUGCCUGCCCCUGUCCAUCGAUGUCCGGCAGCCUCAGACCAUCGUGGCGGCGGUGGAUGAGGCGCUGAAGGAGUUUAAGAGGAUUGACAUCCUCAUUAAUGGUGCUGCGGGGAACUUCCUGUGCCCAGCCAGUGCCCUGUCCUUCAACGCCUUCAAGACAGUGAUAGACAUCGACACCAUGGGCACCUUCAACACCUCCAAAGUCCUCUUUGAGAAAUAUUUCCGGGACCACGGUGGGGUCAUCGUUAACAUCACGGCGACCCUGAGCUACCGAGGGCAGGCCCUGCAGGUGCACGCUGGGGCUGCCAAGGCUGCCAUAGAUGCCAUGACCCGUCACCUCGCUGUGGAGUGGGGACCCAACAACAUCCGUGUGAACAGCCUGGCCCCCGGGCCCAUCGCGGGCACCGAGGGCUUCCGGCGCCUGGGUGGGAAAUUUGCUGAGAAAUCCAACCAGUUCUCCGUGAUCCCGCUGCAGCGCGCGGGGAACAAGACGGAGAUCGCGCACAGCACCCUGUACCUGGCCAGCCCCCUCUCGUCCUACGUCACCGGCACCACCCUGGUCGUGGAUGGUGGGAGCUGGCUCACCUCCCCCAACAGCUUCUCUGCCUUGCUGGAUGUCUGGGCUGCAGGAGCAAACCAGCCCCACUGAUGGACAGCCUGGGGCUGACAGAUGGACACCACGGGGGACAUCUCCCAGAGCCAGUGCCAACAGCCACAGCCUCUCCUCGGCCACUGGGGGUAGUGGUGGCACUGCCAGUCCUGUGUCUGCCUGGGGGACAGCACUGAGGGUGCUGGGUGCCACUGCCACCCCCAUCCUGUGCCACUGCUGCCUUCUGAGCUGCUGUGCCUGUGGGUGCAGAGACAGUGUGGAGGGCUGAGAUGGUCACUGUCCUUUUGUGGCUCCCUCCAGGCUGCUCUUGUGGCCUUUCCCAAGCUCCAAGCAGUGCCAGCCAUGGAUACCAAUCCUCUUACUCCCCUCUCCCCUGUCUUAGCUUGAGAGCUGCCCAGGACCCCAGCUCCCUUUUGGGAGGGGGAGCAGCUGUGAGCCUGGGGUCAGGCCCAGUUCUGCCUUGGCAACUCUUGGAGGGGAAACCCUGGCAGGGGGAGGUGGCUGUGUCCCCUAAGGGGUCCUGGGUGGGACAAUGGUCCCGGGAUGCAGCUGGGAUGCAGCUGGGAUGCCCCUCUCCUGGGAGCAGAGGUGGUGUGAGGGCAGAUCCCCCAGGGCAGGGUCUCCCAGCAGCACUGCAGGUGUCCAGUGGUCUGUCCACACCCAUCUGUCUGUCACACCGGUGUCACACCGUCUCCUUCAAGACACUCAAGCUGAGGGUAAGUGAAGGGCUAGAACUGGAAUCCAGUGCUUUCCUCCUGCUGGGCUGCAGGAGCCACAGCAGGGCUGCACGGAUGGCACUGCUGGAGCCAGCCUUGCCCCUGCUGAUGGCUCAUGUGCACCCUCCUGCUGCUGCUGCUGGUAGUUUUUAGGCUCACCCUGAAUUCCAUGAAGCUUGUUCUCCCACUUAAUUGUAUUUCCUACUUGAUUGUAGACUUGCCAUGUUUUACACCUUCCUGCAGGCCACAAAUAAAGAACUUGUCCCCUGA